GACGUGACGUUAGAUAACAACAACAAAGUGACGGCGAUGUUUUCAUUUUCGAUUUUGUUUAGAAUCGCUUUUGGAUUAAUUUAACCUUAUUUUAGAUUUUUUAAGACAAAUAACAGAAAACACAGUUCAACGUUCACGUUUUUCCUUAAACUUGCUUGUCAAAUUGAUAUCGCGACAAUGACGAACGCCACAAUACAAGAAAUAGAAGGAAUAGAUGACUACUGGGGCCCAGCGUUUAGAUCAGUUUAUGAAGGCGAAGGUCACGAGGCCUUUGUCCAACAGUUAGACGAGAGAAUAAAGCAGCAUGACAAGGAAAUUGAAAAGUUGUGCAAUUUUCACUAUCAGGGCUUUAUUGACUCAAUCAGAGAGUUGUUGCAAGUUCGCUCUCAUGCAGAAAAACUUCACUCGGAAAUAUCUAUAGUUGACUCCAACAUCAAUGAGAGUACUGAAGAUCUUUGUUCAAUAGCCAAUGAGUUGAUCAGGGCUCGCCGAGUGGAGCUGAACAUAGCUGCAACUAUUGAAAAGAUGGAGUUGUGUCUACCACUGCUUACUACUUAUUCUAAGUUGAAGUCGCAGGUUGAAGCUAAAAGGUACUACCCAGCCCUGAAAACUCUUGAACAACUGGAACACGUGUUGCUACCCCGUGUGGGCCCUUACAAGUGGUGCGCGCAGAUAUCAGCCGACAUACCGCGGCUCAGGCAGGCGAUAAAGGACGCUUCCAGCGACCUCUUGAGGGAUUUCUUGGAGUAUAUAAGGAAGCUUAGUCCUCAGGUCGGUGCUAUGGCUUUGAAACAAACUCAAGAAAUGUCCGGCAGGAGUUUGGCCAAUAUCGUGAAAAAUAAAAAAGAUAAGGCUGUCCUAGGGCUUUCUACGGAGACCCCAGGGCCACAGUGUCCCCAUGAGCUAGUGGACUUCAGUCCACUACACCGCUGUCUUCAUAUACACAGCGUUUUGGGUGUCAAAUCGGAAUUUAUUAAGCAUUACAGAACCCAGCGCAUCCAACAAGCUCGGCUCGUGCUGGAGCCGGCGUCGAACCUGCACGAUUCCAUACAAAACGUGCGGAAUUACUUGAACGCUGUGUUGGGUUUCUUCAUAUUGGAGGAGCAUUUGCUGAGCGCGGGCGCCGGUUUGGUUUCAAAGGAUUGGCUGCUCGAGACUUGGAGCAUGGCUGUUUCCAAGUUGAUAUCAACUUUAAGAAGAAACACCUCGUUGAUAACAGACGCCACACUCAUGUUGAGCAUCAAACACCAAAUUGUGCUGUUUGUCAGUACGCUGAAAUGUUACGGCCUGCCAACGGACCCUCUACCUACUUUAUUGCAUGAAAUGGCGGAACAUUACACUGAAGUAUUGAUGGGACAGUGGGUGACCGUCUUCAGAGAUAUUCUGGACAACGCCUCCUUUUUGCCUAUCGAGGUUUCAAAUCAAGAACAGUACGAUGGCGUUAUGGAUAUUUUCCCGUAUGACGGCGAAGAACUCGAGACGAAACCUUUUCCAAGAAAAUUCCCAUUCUCAUCCAUAGUGCCCGACGUGUACGUUCAAGUCAAGGAGUUCAUAUACGCGUGGCUCAAAUACUCCGUGGGUUUAGGAUUGGGUGGCAGCAGACGUGCUGCCGCGGCGCGACACUCGGCGUCACUGCUGCUCAGCCGCUCGUUCACCGGCUGCCUGUCCGCGCUGUUCUGCCGCCCGCUGCCGCUCAUGCAGCUCGUGCAGAUAAUCGUAGAUACACAAUACCUGGAGGACGCCACAUUAUACUUGUACGAGUUUAUCAGCAACAUCACUGGCUCCGAAAUUGUCACUACAAAGACCGCGGGCAGCAUGUUCCAGGCGGCACGUGACGACGCCGAGCAGCAGAUCUGCGGGAAUCUGGAGAAGAAAGUGGACGAGUUUCUAGAUCUGGAGAACUAUGAUUGGCUUUUAGUGGAGCCGACGGGUCAAGCGUCAGCCUUCGUGUCAGACAUGCUGAGCUACCUGACGGGUGUGCUGACAUCUUUGGAGCAACUACCGCAAAGGGCACGUGUGGCGGCAGUACGAGCAGCCACCAACCGCAUAGCGACCCGCCUCCGCAACUUGCUCCUGGAUCCAGCGGUGAAGCAGAUAUCGUCGGGCGCGCUGUACCAGCUGGACCUGGACGUGAUACAGUGCGAACAGUUCGCGGCCGGCGAGCCAGUACCUGGGAUGGGGGAAGGCGAGCUGCUGGAACACUUCGCCAGCCUCAGACAACUGCUAGACCUGAUAACCAGUUGGGAUUGGUCCUCUUACCUCCACGACGUAGGAAUCGAAGGCGGGAAAUACGCCUUAGUCACGCCACGGGACGCCGCCACGCUACUGGAGAAAUUGAAAGAGGCCGAACAGAAGUCUUCCGUCUUCUCCGUUUUGAAGAAGAACGAAAGAGACAGGAGGAAGUUGCUCGAUACCGUCUUGAAACAGCUGAAACAAUUGCAGAAUCAAGAUGGGUAGUCUGUAUUUAUGUUAUGCCUAUUAAUAAUAAGAUUAAAUACCUUAGUAUUUAUUUAUUUUAUAUUGCAAUUAAUUCUUUAUCGUACAGUCUGGGAUGAAUAAACCUCUAUUAAUAUGAAAUAUAAUAUUUCAGCAGAAGUAUAUUAAAAAAGUGCCGUGUCGUUCCCGGCACCAGUACAAAACAGAAAAGGACCAUUCCAUCGCAUUCCCAUGGAUGUCGUAAAGGCGACUAAGGGAUAGGCUUACAAACUCGGGAUUCUUUUUUAGGCAACCUGUCACUAUUUGAGUCUCAAUUCUAUCAUUAAGCCUAAUAGCUGAGCGUGGCCUAUCAGUCUUUUCAGGACUGUUGGCGCUGUCUACCCAACAAGGGAUAUAGACGUGACCAUAUGUAUGUAGGUAUAUAAAAUUUUUACAUUUUACACGAAUGAAAAGUAUUGUUAACGGUCUCAAUUUAAUUAAUUGGUAUCUUUCGAUAAACGCACAUAUUGUACCGGCCAUCUCUUUGUAGCUAUAAAUUUCUCAGUUCGGUUAAAUCGUAAAUAAUUAAAAAUGCGUUUUUAUUUGUAAAUAUGGAACGAGUAAUGUGAUUAUGUCGAGAACGGUGCUAAAAUGUGUCUCAGCUCAGCUUUUGGAAAAUGGAAAAUAUAAAGUUUAAUUUAAAUGUUAUUACUUCUUUACCCUCUCUACACUCUCCAAUCAUUUCAUUCAAAUUUAUUAUGAAUGCUAAAUUGCAAUUAUAAUAAUUCUUUUAGUGUCAGACAAAAGUAUUGUUGUAGAAAAUGUCAUCAAAUAUAUGAAAUUCAUUAUUCAUUAUGAAAUUAUGUUAACAGUUAUUUAUAUUAGUGAUAGAGCGCAUUUGUAGAAUGUCGUAUUAUUUGCAAUAAAG